AUGACGGGGAGGAAGAUUGUCACAGAAUUUGUUCUCCUUGGCUUCACUCGGGAUCCUGAUGUGCAAAAGGCCUUAUUUGCCCUGUUUUUACUCAUCUACAUUGUGACAGUGGUGGGCAACUUGCUCAUUGUGGUGACUGUUAUUGCCAGCUCCUCCUCGGGCUUUCCGAUGUACUUCUUCCUCGCUUACCUGUCAUUCAUGGAUGCUGUGUAUUCUACUAUAUUCUUCCCCAAAUUGAUCAUGGACUUACUCUCUGACAUAAAGAUGAUUUCCUUCCAAGCUUGCAUGGUCCAUCUCUUUCUUGUGCAUUUAUUUGGGGGUGCUGAGGUCUUCCUUCUGGUGGUGAUGGCCUUUGACCGCUAUGUGGCUAUCUGUAAGACACUGCACUAUUUGACCAUCAUGAAUAGAAAGGUUUGUAUUAUCCUGUUGGUUGUGGCCUGGGUUGGCGGUUUUGGACACUCCAUGUUUCAGUUUAUCUUUGCGUACAGUUUUCCUUUCUGUGGCCCCAAUGUCAUGUAUCACUUCAUCUGUUACAUGUUCCCAUUACUGGAACUUGUGUGCACCGACACCUACUUUACAGGCCUCACUCUGGUUGCGAAUGCUGGAGCCAUCUGUAUGGUGGGCUUCAUCCUCCUCCUCAUCUCCUAUGGUGUCAUUCUGAAUAAUCUCAAAACUCUCAGUCAGGAGGGGAGGCGCAAAGCCCUGUCCACCUGCAGCUCCCACAUCAUGGUGAUUGUCUUGUUUUUUGUCCCCUGUAUCUUCAUGUGUGUCAGACCUGUUUCCAACUUUCCCAUCGAUAAACCCUUGACUGUUUCCUACACUGUUGUCACUCCCAUGCUGAAUCCUCUGAUAUAUAUCUUGAGAAAUUCAGAGAUGAAAAAGUUCAUGGGAAAACUUUGGGGCCAAAUCAACAAAAGUUAG